GGGGGCUAGCGGGGUGGAAGCCAUCGUGGCCCCAGCCCCACAGGGGACGUGCCGGGGCUGCGGCUGGUGGUCACCCCACUGGGGCGGGGGAUGAGAGCGGCUGCGACGGUGAAGGAUCUUAAGGACAAAAGACAUCUGCUCCCCACCGCCCUCCCAGAGAGCUGAAGGAGCCUUCACGCCUGGAUCAGGAGAGCGAGGGUCCAGUUGACGGCGUCUCCUCUUGGAUGGAUCUCUGAGCAUCUCACUGUGAGAGGGGCAGCCCCUCGUCCCCGGAGGGCAAAAUGGCUCAGGACAUGACAGAGAAGGAGCUGCUGAAGAUGGAGCUGGAUCAGCUGAAGAAGGAGGUGAAGAACGAGAGGCAAAUGGUCUCCAAGACCGGCAAAGAGAUCAAGGAGUACAUCGAGUCCAUGGCGGGCGAGGACCCGCUGCUGAAAGGUGUCCCCGAGGACAAGAACCCCUUUAAGGAGAAGGGCGGCUGUACGAUAAGCUGACACCCCCCCGCUGCUGUCACCGCGGGGGACAGGGAUGCUCCCGUGCGCAAGCCAAGACUGUCAGAAACCUGCUUUCCCUGUAGUGUGACCUCAGCGCUGGAGAGUUGAGAACCAAAGCGUAGCGCAUCUAAAGGAUGGUAAAAGGAAAAAAAAAAAAAAAAGAAAAGAAAAAAAAGAAAAAAAAAGAAGAAAAAAAAAUGUACCCCACUGCCACAGGAGAUGAGGUUCAGCAGCCAGCGCAGCGUCUGCUCUCGUGCUCUCACGGCUGAUUUACAUUUGGUUUCCUGCAAGCAAAACUUCUGCAUUUUCAGCAGCCAGCAGCAAACUGGGCUUUAGCGAAACCGCGGAGCUGUGUCUAGUCUCAGCCUUCUCCAAGCAGCCCAGCGCCGGCGCCGAGCCCUGGCUUGCUGCAGAAGAGCCUCCCAGCAGAACCUUGCUCAAGCCAUUUCCUCUCGGUGCCUCGGUUUCCCCAUCUGGCACAGGAGGGCGAUACCCACCCUGCUGCCUGGAGGCUUCCAGGGGUCUGAAGCUUUCUUCUCUUUAUUCCUACACGUCCCUCCAGCUGGUGCCCACCGCUGCCCACCACUCCUGCAGCCCGCGGCUCGCACCCACCAGGCACCCUGCAUCGAGAGGCGGGGGAUGGCCAGAGCGGGGCUGGGUGAGCUUCACCCGGCGCAGGGCAGGGCACGGGAAGGAGUAAAGCCCCAGGCAGCUUGUUCAAACUCUCACCCCACCUCUCGGUCUCGCUUCCUCCCCUGGAAACCCCCUGGCAGCCGUGGGAAAGCAAGCCCAGGGCUGUCAGGUCCUGCCCGCGACCGUGGUGGCUCCAAGCGCUGCAGCCCCUUCACCAUCAUCUCCUCUCUGCUGCCACGACCGGGCCCCAAAGCCUCGUCCCACCGGUGACGGGGAUGACUGGGAGCAAGCGGUUUGGGGUGGCAGCAGGUCCUUGGAGCAAGACAGGACCCGCCAAGCCCCAGGCGAGCAAUACCCCGGCCAUGAUCCUCCUGCUCCCAAGGGCAGCUUUUUUCUAGGACAAAUUUCAUCCUCUGCCUGAUAGAAAAAAGCACAGCAGCUGGGGCACGGCCCGCUUCUGAGUUCAGCAGGGUGAUACUUCGGGGACGAUUUGUGGGGUUUGUUGUUCGGGGCUUUUUGGAAGUUUUGGGUUUUUUUUAAAUCAUACAAGUACUUUUUUUUUUUUUUUUUUUAAAAACAUACAUAUUAUCGUUGGGAACUCUCCAAAACAUCCCCAGAUGGCCAACCCCAAAGGGAAGCAGCAGCUCUUUGUAUUUCUCAGAGCCCUCCAGGUCCCACCGAGGCCGCACUCUGUCCCCAUCCCGCUUCUGCUUCAUGCCAGCCCCCCGGGACACGCUCCCCCGGGCCCAGCCAGCUGCUGCUGGGGGUGACACACGUCCCACGGCUGAUUGAGACACAGCAAAGGCACCGGCUGCGAAUGGAGGGCAGGAACGAAGCUCCCCCAGCCCACGGACGAGGCUGCUGGGGAAGAGGCGCUGGUGCAGCAGGUCGGUAAGGCCGUGGGUCCAUGAUGACACUGGUGAUGGCUGCCAGGGCUCCGGCAGUGCGUGGAGACAGGCCUGGGAGCAGUUUAAACGCAGGGAAAUGGCUUUCGACCCCAACCGGAACGGUGUUCUCCUGCCUUCCAGGCUGCCACUUGGUGCCAUCGCCAGGCCGGCCCUGCUGGGCACGGAGGCCUUGGGGCAGAGGGGUCCCAGCCCCACAGACCCCACCAUGGCAGAGGAGGGACACAGGAAAAGGCUUUUCCUCCCUUCCCCACCGCUCCCCCGCCGCCAGCGCCUCAAUAUCACCUCCCUAGCCAAAAAAAAAAAAAAAAAAAUUAAAAAUAAAGGUGGUUUUGUUCUUGCUCGCAGACGCUAAAUAAACCCGCCAGCUCGACCGUGGCCUGUGUCUUUCUUGCGGUGGGGCUGGCGGCCCUCAGGAGAGCGGCUUCUCCUGGGCCCAGGCGGCGCUGGGGAGCCCGGCCUGCCCCUAAUCAGGCCGGGGCUCCAGGGAUUGACCCGUUAAUCGACGUUAAACGGCUGGAAAACUGCGUCAGAGCCGGCUAAACCGCUGCUGAAGGGAUUCGGGGCGCUUCAGGCCCAACAGCGGCUUAAACCGCGCCGUUCCGACCCGAGGCCCCUGAGACCGCCCACCCG